UUCUUCUUUUCUGGAUUUCGCGUGACACGAUGUAUUAUAAGUGCGAUUCCAUUGAAGUGUUGUUGUUUGACCGUCGGUCAAAUCCCUUGGUAGAUCCUUUUAUGUUCUCUCUUUGUGAUGCGUGACUUUGACUUUGUGUUUCUCGUUUGAAGCAGGUGAUCACGUAAUUAUUCCCUUACACUCAUCUUCAUCGGUGGUCACGUAAUUAUUCCCUUCCGCUCAUCUUCAUCUCUCUCUCUCAUCCUCAUCGGUGGUCACGUAAUUAUUCCCUUACACUCAUCUUCAUAAAUCUCUCUCUCUCUCUCUCUCUCUCUCUCUCUCUCUCUCUCUCUCUCUCUCUUGAAUGGAGCGCGAGGGUAUAACAGAAGAAGAGAGGCUGAAGGUUGACAAAGUCAACUCGACUAACGGAUAUGAUCACUGGGAUCAAGAUCAAGACGAUGAUCCCGCAAAGGGAGACGAGGGAUCGAGGAAAAUCAAGAAACUCGAUUCGUUCGACAUAGAGACCGCCCGAUUCAAGUCGGACCAUGGCCAUUCAUCAAACCAGAAUUUGCCACGGUUGAUGGUACUGAAGCUUGCUAUUCAGAGCAUCGGGGUGGUGUAUGGCGAUUUAGGCACGUCGCCUCUCUAUGUCAUGCCAGGAAUUUUUCCUGACGGGAUAAAACACGAAGACGAUAUCCUCGGAGCACUAUCUCUAAUCUUCUACUCGAUCAUCCUCAUUUUCAUGAUCAAGUAUGUCUUCAUUGUUCUAUCAGCAAAUGACAAUGGCGAUGGAGGGACGUUUGCUUUGUACUCUCUUAUGUGCCGCAAUGCCAAGGUGAGCUUGACCCCUAACCAACAAGCCGAAGACAAGGAAGUCUCGAACUACCGACUUGAGGUGCCGAGCCGCCGCCUCCGGCGGGCCUCCGCCAUGAAGUCAUUGCUCGAGAAUAGCAAGGCGGCCAAGUACUUGCUCUUGUUUGUAACUAUGUUGGGCACCGCCAUGGUCAUCGGAGACGGAAUCCUCACACCAUGUAUAUCUGUAUUGUCGGCUAUUGGGGGCAUAAAAGAAGCUGCGAGUUCACUUGGAGAUGAUCAAAUCAUGUGGAUCUCUGUGGUGAUCUUGAUCUUUCUGUUUCAAAUCCAAAGGUUCGGUACUCACAAAGUCGGAUACAGCUUCGCCCCGAUUCUCUCUAUAUGGUUCCUCAGUAUAGCACUCAUCGGCAUCUACAAUAUCGCAAAACAUGACUCGGGAGUGAUCAAAGCCAUCAAUCCGCUCUACAUCGUCCAUUACUUCAGGAGAAACAAAAAGGAAGCAUGGAUUUCUCUUGGAGGGGUCAUUCUCUGUCUAACUGGUUCUGAAGCAUUGUUUGCUGAUCUGGGGCAUUUUAAUAUCCUGUCAAUUCAAUUGAGUUCAUGCCUACUUGUCUUUCCGUCAAUCAUCCUCGCCUACUUUGGUCAGGCGGCGUAUCUCCGAAAGCACACUCAAGAUGUUGCUAGCACUUUCUACAGCUCGAUACCGGAAUCGGUGUAUUGGCCAAUGUUUGUGAUAGCGGUGUUGGCGGCGAUAAUAGCAAGUCAAGCCAUGAUAUCGGCCACGUUCGCCAUAGUGAAGCAGUCGGUCGCGCUCGGGUGCUUCCCACACGUGAAGGUCGUGCACACUUCGCAAAAGCACGAGGGUCAGAUUUACAUACCUGAGGUCAACACCUUACUCAUGUUGGCCUGUGUUGGUGUCACCCUUGGCUUCGAAACCACAUUAAAGUUGGGCAAUGCUUAUGGAAUUGCGGUAGCAUUCGUUUUCACUGUCACGUCCACAUUCCUCGUAAUCGUGAUGGUCAUGAUUUGGAAGACCAACAUACUCCUCAUAAUCCUCUAUGUCCUCACCAUCGGGCUUGCGGAGUACGUGUUUCUUAGCUCGGUCCUCUACAAAUUCGUGGAUGGGGGUUACGUCCCACUCGUCUUCUCUGUCAUAAUGGUCACCAUCAUGUUGCUAUGGAAUUACGGAUACCAAAAGAAGUACAAGUAUGAGCUCGAGAACAAGGUCUCGAGAGAAGCCCUCGUCACGAUCGUGUCAAACACAAACAUCCACCGAGCCCCUGGGGUUGCCCUAUUCUACACCGAGCUCGUCGAUGGCAUUUCCCCACUAUUCACCCAAUAUGUCGCCAAUGUACCCGCAUUGCACUCGGUUCUUGUCUUUGUCUCAAUCAAGUCACUGCCCAUAAACAAGGUACCCCUUGAGGAGCGGUUCUUCUUUGGACAGGUGGUGCCGCAGAAGUAUGGCAUAUAUCGGUGCAUUGUGAGAUAUGGAUAUCGAGAUGCAAAGAUGGAGCCGCAGUUUUUCGAGAAGGUCUUGAUUGACCGAUUGAAGGAUUUCAUUCAGAACAACGCGCCACCCGCUGCCGACAAGCAAGGCGAGGCUAGUGAUAAUGGAAUCGCUAUGAUCAAUGAAGAGGGAGUGCAAAGAGAGAUUGGAUUGGUGGAUGAAACAAUCAAGAUUGGAGGGAUCAUGUAUCUAAUGGGACAGAGUGAGGUGAUAGCUUCGAGUGGUUCAGGUUUUGCAAAAAGGUUUGUAAUCAAUUGCUUGUACAACUGGUUGAAGAGGUGCGUGAGGCAGCAAGAGGAACUGUUCAACAUUCCCCACAAGAGGCUGGUCAAAGUGGGGAUCACUUAUGAAAUCUAAUGGAAAUGUCCAUGAUUUUAAUUAAUAAUAUAUGAUAUUGUUGGAAUUUGAUAUUUAUAUUUGGUUGUUUGCUUUGUCCUCCUAGAGACUAUUUAAGCGAAGUUUGUGAAUUACUUCGGUUGUCUCCUUUGUCCUUUUAGAGGCUAUUUAAGCAAAGUUUGUGUUACUUGAUGAACCUACUCAUGGUAAUUGUAUAGUUAGA